AUGAUUAGCACACUUUUGCUUCCUCUUCUUGCAACUGCGGCCAUUGGGGCACCGCAGUCUUCCAAUUGUCGAUGUCGCCCCAGUGAUAGCUGCUGGCCGUCUACAAAGCAGUGGUCAGCAUUGAACAAGACCAUCAACGGGAACCUGGUGGCAGUCCGCCCUGUUGCCUCGGUCUGUCACCAGCCCGAGUACAAUGCAGAUGCAUGCAAGACCGUUACCAAUCUCUGGUCCGACUCUGUCUGGCGUUCUUCUCAACCAGGUGCUGGUCAAUGGGAGAACUGGGAAGCUUGGCCAGAGCGUAACCAGUCGUGCUACGUCGACUCUCCCCAAGAUACCGCCUGUCAGCAAGGCCGGAUCUCGUUAUACUCCGCCGAAGUUCAAAGUGCAUCCGACAUUCAACGUGCUGUUCGAUUCGCCAGUACCCAUAACCUUCGACUGGUCAUUAAAAAUACUGGGCACGACUUUUUGGGACGAUCAACGGCUCCGGAAUCGCUGCAGAUCCUCACGCAUACAAUGAAGGAUAUCAAGAUUUCGGAUAAUUUUGUUCCUAAGGGUUCGUCCAAGAGUGCAGGUCCUGCGAUCACGAUUGGUGCCGGUGUACAGCUUCCGGAGAUGUAUAAAGCUGUAGCUCAACAUAACCGGACGGUUAUCGGAGGUUCCGCGCACACCGUGGGUGCUGCUGGAGGGUAUGUUCAGGGCGGUGGUCACUCACCAUUCGGCCAUUGGAAGGGCCUGGCAUCGGACAAUGCACUGGAAUUUGAGGUGGUGACGGCCGACGGCUCACUUGUCACUGCAAACUCAUACCAAAACAAAGACCUCUUCUGGGCUCUCAGAGGAGGCGGUGGUGGAACUUUCGGCGUGGUCACCAGCGUCACCAUGCGUACAUUUGAAGAAGUGCCAGUCGUUGCGUAUAACUUCAACAUAACUACUGCUGGCGGCGACCCUCGCUUCUGGGACGCAUUCGCCGAAUGGCACGCCGCACUCCCAUCAAUCAAUGAUGGCGGUGGCUCCGGGUAUUAUUUCGGUCUCCCGAAUUACCCUAUCGCUGCGAGCGUCAGCGUAUCGACCAUGAUAACCCUGAUGCUGUUCCCUGAAAAGACGGACGUCGCCGAAGUCGACAAGCUAUACCAGCCGCUAGCUGCGAAGCUCCAGCAGAUUGGUGGAGUUCAGACCGUGAAUGCGUCUAUUCCCUUCCCAACAAUGAAUUCGACCAUCUUUACUAUGCUCAUUGGUGGUGAAUCUGAUAGCACCGGUGGCAUAUCAAUGCUGGCGUCUCGUCUAUAUUCUAAAAAUCUCAUGACAUCUCAGGAUGGCCCCGGGCGUCUGGCCAAUGCCUUCAAGAGCAUCAAGUGGAAUCCUUACGCCGAGUUUAUCGGCCAUGUGGUUGCCGGUGGAGCCGUUGCGGCUAAUGCUGACAAGGUUGACAGUGCUGUUAACCCAGCCUGGCGAAAGACCAUCUCGCAUCUGCUCUUCUCCCGAUCAUGGGCGACUACUGCCACGCUGGCAGAGCAGACGGCUGUCAUCAAGAACAUGACUGAUGUGGAGAUUCCCAUUCUACGGUCGGUCGAGGGCUUCGUUCUGGGGGCCAAUUAUCCUCGUCUGUACAGCAUCAAGCAGAAGUGGGAUCCUAAAGGGCUCUUCAUUUCUCGUAAAGGUGUUGGUAGUGAAGACUGGGAUGAUGCAGGCUUGUGUCGUACUUAG